GCUUCCUGCUUAUGCUAAAGCUCUCCUCCUUCCUGUCAGCAUUACUCCUCUUUGGGAAACCUGACUUCCCAAGUCUUUGAGAUACCCCAGCCUUUCCAGGAGCUUUCUUAUUUACUUGUGUUUUUUCUGCACGUGUUCCACCUCUCCACCUUGACUACCUAGUUUUUUUUCUCCCAUUUCUACACAACAGCAGCCAGAUAUUUCUUUAUAUAUCAUGCAGCUUCAAAGUUUGAGGAAUUUGAACUUCAGCACCCUUGCUCAAGGUUAUUGUGAUCGCUUUUAUGACAUCCAGUCUUUGAGAGUUCAGGCUCCGGGCCAAGCAGAUUCAAUAUGGUGGGAUAAACUUCUCAGUAAGAAUGCUACCCAAAGCAAGCAGCAUGUGUGUGCCUUAACCAGCCUCGCUGCAGAUGUCCUCGUGUGUCCACUGCGGCCCGUGGAGCGCUUCCAUGACCUGCGUCCUGAUGAAGUGGCCGAUUUGUUUCAGGCAACCCAGAGAGUCGGGACGGUGGUGGAGCAGUAUUUCCAGGGCACCUCUCUCACCUUUGCCAUUCAGGAUGGCCCUGAAGCUGGACAGACUGUGAAGCUCCAGAAACACGACAAAGAAGAGGACUCCCCAGCCUCUUGGAGAUCAGAGGAGGAAAUGGCAGCAGAAGCUGCAGCGCUGCGUGUCUACUUCCCGUGACACAGGCACGAAAGUAACUUGAACAAAUCCCAAGGCACAAGGAAGUGGGCCCCGUUGUCUAGGACUCCACAGCACUGGAAAUGAAGCUAAGCAGCCUUUAUUAAAUCCUCCGAUUCUGCAACCUUCCGCGACAUAUUUUCUUACACUCGCGGAAGCCGCUGGGGUUACACUUCAAUCACAGUGACUGACAGGCUAACUAACUUCACAACAACAGUGCAUC